AUGGCAAGAGACGAAGAAUUCGAACAACAAUACGCUGCCUUCCAAAGUGAAUCAGCUGUAUCAUCUGAACAACGUGUUCUCUACUUUAUCAAUGCUCUCAUCGUAUCAUUGGUUCCAGUUUAUUUAUAUCACGCCAUCUUUUUCUUAUCAUUUGAACAAUACUUUAUCGUUUAUGGUGCAGUUACAUUGUUCAGUGCCAUCGUUCUUACAUUUGCAUACAACAAUAUCUUUAGAAUGAAGAGACUUAAACUCUCUGCUCAACGUGAUCACAUUAUCACAUUGAACAAGACCAAGGCCCAAACAACCGACAAAAAGGCCAUCUUUACUGCCAAGAAGGAGGCUCAAUCUCUUGUUACUUCACAUGAAGCCAUUGCUCAAUCAAUCAUGUACAACAAUGCCCUCUAUUUGAUUUAUUUGAUUCAUCAGUCCUCACUCGUUUGUUAUCGUCGAUCACCACCACCAUCAACCAGCAUCAGCAUCAAUCAUCAUCAUCAUCAUCAUAGCCAUCCACCACCAUCUACAAUAAUGAGUUGUAUAUCAAAACCAAAAACAGAGGAAACAAAGAUCUCGGGAGAGAUUGAUAAGGAAUUAAGACAUGAAGAGAAACGUAUGAAAAGAGAUAUUCAAAUAUUGUUAUUGGGUGCAGGUGAAUGUGGAAAGAGUACUAUCUUUAAACAAUUAAAAAUCCUACAAGACAAUGGUAAAUGGCAAGAUCACGAACUAUUAGAGUUUAGAAACUCAAUCUAUAUAAAUAUAACAUCUCAACUGGCAGUGUUGGCUAGUGCUGCAUCUGAAUUAAAUAUUGCACUCUUGCCAGAGCAUACAGAGGCUGCAGAGAGAAUAAAGAAAAUGCAACCACUCAUCGAUGAAUGGACCGAUCAAACAGCAGAUGACGCAUUCAAGCUAUGGUUGGAUCCAGGCAUUCAGCAGGUCUACGAAAGAAGAGACAAAGAUUUCCAACUCAACGACUCUGCCAAAUACUUUUUCGACAAUCUGCUCAGAAUAUCAGACUCUAAAUAUAUACCAACACCACAAGACGCACUCAGAUCAAGAGUAAUGACAAAGGGUAUAGUCGAAGCUGAAGUAUGUUUCGAUGGAAUCAAUAUGAAAAUUAUAGAUGUCGGUGGUCAAAGAAGUCAAAGAAGAAAAUGGAUUCAUUGUUUUGAUGGUGUUUCUGCCGUCAUUUUUGUUGCUGCUUUAAGUGAAUAUGAUCAAAUGUGUCGUGAAGUAAAAGAAAAUAGAUUAGAUGAAUCGAUUAGUCUUUUUUCAGAGAUUGCAAAUAGUGAAUGGUUUGUUGAAACACCAAUCAUUCUCUUUUUAAACAAAAAGGAUUUAUUUAUUGAAAAAUUAAAAAGAGUUGGUUAUAAUCAAUAUGACAAUAAUUAUCGUGGUGACAACUCAUUUAAAGAUGUAUCAGAGCAUAUUGCACAAAAAUUCAAAACCGUUGUAAAGUCUACCUCUAAAAGCAUCUAUGUACAUUAUACCAUAGCCAUUGAUACUCAAAACAUUGACUAUGUUUUCAAAGCCGUCAAAGAGAUUCUAUUACGCAAAACUAUUGCAGACAAAUUAUCUUCUCUUUUCUUCACCACUCUUCCAACACUAAACAACUUAUCUAUCUUGCAAAUAUAUAAAGAGAGAGAGAGAACAACAAGCAAGAGGAUGAGUAAAACAGCUCAACCAAUUCAACUCACACCAGAGGAAGAACAAAAGAAGUUCUUAGAGGAACAAAAGAGAUACCUUGAAGAAGCCAAGAACAAUGUUAUGGUUCAAGGUCAUCACAUGAAGGUAAGUUUGGACAAUGCCAAACUUAUGGAUGCACUAAAGUAUGCAUCAAACAUUAUCAACGAGCUUCGUACCUCUUUGUUGUCACCAAAGUCUUACUAUGCUCUCUACAUGGUUGCCUUUGAUUAUCUUCAACAUCUCAAUACCUACCUAUUCGAGGAAAAGCAUGGAAAGAAAAUGAUUGAACUCUAUGAAAUCGUUCAACAUGCUGGUAAUGUUUUACCAAGAUUAUAUCUUUUAAUUACAGUUGGAUCAGUUUAUAUUAAAACUAAACAAGCACCAGCAAAGGAUGUACUCAUGGAUCUUAUUGAAAUGUGUAGAGGUGUUCAACACCCAACUAGAGGUCUCUUUUUGAGAUAUUAUCUCAGUGAAGUUACCAAGGAUAAAUUACCAGAUGCAGAGUCUGAUGAUGUUGGAGGAUCAGUUUAUGAUUCAAUUGAAUUUAUUAUUCAAAACUUUACUGAAACCAACAAGCUAUGGGUUAGAAUGCAACACCAAGCUCCAAACCGUGACAAGGAUAGAAGAGAAAAUGAAAGAUUAGAUCUCCGUGUUUUGGUCGGAAAGAACUUGUCUCGUUUAUCACAAUUGGACGGUGUUGAUGUAAAGGUUUAUUCUCAAACCGUACUUCCAAAGGUUGUUGAACAAAUUAUCAAUUGUAAAGAUAAAAUUGCUCAACAAUAUCUUAUGGAAAUUCUUAUUCAAGUAUUCCCAGAUGAAUUCCAUUUAGCAACAUUGGAUACCAUUAUUUCAACUUGUUCACAAUUACAACCAGGUGUUGAUGUAAAGACCAUCAUUGCUUCUUUGAUUGAUAGAUUGGCCAAUUAUGCUUCUCGUAAUUCAAUUCCAGAUGAUAUUGAUAUCUUUUCCAUCUUCUUUAGCAAUGUCAAGGAAGUUAUCAAGGCAAGACCAAAUAUGGAAUUACAAGAUAUUCUUGGAUUACAUGUAUCAUUAUUAAAUCUUACACUUAAAUGUUAUCCAGAAAAGAGAGAAAAUGCCAAUGAAGUAUUGGGAUUAUGUCAAAGUAUUUUGGCCACCAAGAGCAAGGAAGAAAUCAACAAGCCAAGUUGCGUCAAGCAAAUUGUUCAACUCUUGCAAAUCCCACUCGAGGUUUUCAAGAAUGUCUUGGCUGUUCUCAAGCUUACUGCCUACCAACCACUCAUCAAGCAACUCUCUUACAACAAUCGUAAAAAGGUAUCUUUGGACAUUGUCAACAGCACACUCAAAAACUCUACCAUCAUUGAAGAGCCAGAAGAAGUCAACAUUCUUCUCGAAACCAUUCAAACCCUUAUCAAGGACGAAGAAGACCAACCAUCUGCCGAUGAAAUCGACAAGGAAGACUUUGUCGAAGAACAAAACAAGGUUUCCUCUCUCAUUCACUUGUUCCAAUCAGAGGAUCCAGAGAAAUUGUUCAAAAUCUACAUUGUCGCCCGUAGUCACUUUGGAAAGGGUGGUGCACAAAGAAUCAAACACACUCUUGUACCACUUGUAUUCAGAUCUCUCAAGUUUGUCACCAACCUCAAGAAGCAAGUCGACGAGGGUGUCAUUCAACUCGACGAACAACAAUGGACUGGUAUUGGUACCAAAAUUUUCACAUUUGUUAUGGAAACUAUCAAGGCACUCGUAGACAUUAAGCUUGCCGAACUCUCUUUCCGUCUCUAUCUCCAAGCUGUCCAAACCGCCGACAAGUGCAGUCUCCAAAAAAUCACCAAAGAGUUCUCUAUCAAGGCCCUCCAAAUCUUCCAAGAAGAUAUCGCCGAUUUCAAGGCCCAAGUAAAUGCUUUGACUCUUCUCAUCUCUACCCUCAACUCUCUCACACUUCCAGAUACCGAUCUCUAUGAAACUCUUGCAGGUCAAACUAUUAAACAAGCUUCUCGUUUAUUGACUGCUCAAGAUCAAGCAAAGGUUAUUUCACUUUGCUCUCAUUUGUUCUGGGUUUCUCAUAAGAAUAGACAACACAAAGAACCAGAACAAGUUCUUCAAGCACUUAGAAAAUCACUUUUAAUUAUUUCCAAUGAAUCUAAUCCAGGUUUAAGUGUUUUCGUUGACAUUUUGAAUGAAUGUCUUUACUAUUUUGACCAAAAAUCAUCUGCUAUUCCAGGUAAAUUCAUUAGCGAUUUGGUUGAAUUAAUUAGAACCACUCACUGCAAGGAUGGUGAAUCUUCAUCCAUCUACCUCCAAAAUACUAUCAAGUAUAUCAACUCUAGAAAGGAAUCUGAUUCUUCCUAUGCUGAAAUCUCUGUCUAA